UCCGGCCGCCGUCGCUGGGACCAGCCGCUCGGGGCCGGGCUGAUACAGCCGCUUCGCCGUGCCCCGGCCCGCGACCAUGGCCUCCUCCGAGAUGGCGCGGCACCUGCUCUUUCAGUCUCACAUGGCAACGAAAACAACUUGUAUGUCUUCACAAGGAUCAGAUGAUGAACAGAGAAAAAGAGAAAACAUUCGUUCGUUGACUAUGUCUGGCCAUGUUGGUUUUGAGAGUUUGCCUGAUCAGCUGGUGAACAGAUCCAUUCAGCAAGGUUUCUGCUUUAAUAUUCUCUGUGUGGGGGAAACUGGAACUGGAAAAUCAACACUGAUUGACACAUUGUUUAAUACUAAUUUUGAAGACUAUGAAUCCUCACAUUUUUGCCCAAAUGUUAAACUUAAAGCUCAGACAUACGAACUCCAGGAAAGUAAUGUUCAAUUGAAAUUGACCAUUGUGACUACAGUGGGAUUUGGUGACCAAAUAAAUAAAGAAGAGAGCUACCAACCGAUAGUUGACUACAUAGAUGAUCAGUUUGAGGCCUAUUUCCAAGAAGAACUGAAGAUUAAGCGUUCUCCCUUUACCUACCAUGAUUCUCACAUCCAUGUGUGCCUCUACUUCAUUUCACCGACAGGCCACUCUCUGAAGACACUUGAUCUCUUAACCAUGAAGAACCUUGACAGCAAGGUAAGCAUUAUACCAGUGAUUGCCAAAGCAGAUACGGUUUCUAAAACUGAAUUACAGAAGUUUAAGAUCAAGCUCAUGAGUGAAUUGGUCAGCAACGGCCUCCAGAUAUACCAGUUCCCAAUGGAUGAUGACACUAUUGCUAAGGUCAAUGCUGCAAUGAAUGGACAGUUGCCGUUUGCUGCUGUGGGAAGUAUGGAUGAGGUGAAAGUCGGAAACGAGAUGGUCAAAGCUGGCCAGUACCCUUGGGGUGUUGUACAAGUGGAAAAUGAAAACCACUGUGGCUUUGUAAAGCUGCAGGAAAUGCUCAUUUGUACAAAUACGGAGGACCUGCGAGAGCAGACCCAUACCAGGCACUAUGAGCUUUACAGGCGCUGCAAACUGGAGGAAAUGGGCUUUACAGAUGUGGGCCCAGAAAACAAGCUGGUCAGUCUUCAAGAGAUCUAUGAAGCCAAAAGACGUGAGUUCCAUGGUGAACGUCAGAGGAAGGAAGAAGAAAUGAAGCAGAUGUUUGUGCAGCGAGAAAAGGAGAAAGAAGCCAUAUUGAAAGAAGCUGAGAGAGAGCUACAGGCCAAAUUUGAGCACCUUAAGAGACUUCACCAAGAAGAGAGAAUGAAGCUUGAAGAAAAGAGAAGACUUUUGGAAGAAGAAAUAAUUGCUUUCUCUAAAAAGAAAGCUACCUCCGAGAUAUUUCACAGCCAGUCCUUUCUGGCAACAGGCAGCAACCUGAGGAAGGAGCCACAGUUACUGAUAUUUAUGGAAAAGUACUUUCAAGUACAAGGUCAAUACGUAAGCCAGAGUGAAUGAUACUACAAGUUGAGCAUCUCUAAUUCAAAAUCUGAAAUUCAGAAGCUUCAAAAUCUGAAUCUUUUUGAGCACUGACUUGAUCCCACAAGUGGAAAAUUCCCCACCUGACACCUUUGCUUUCUGAUGGUUCGGUUUAAAUAAGAUUUUGUUUCUUACACAAAAUUAUUUAAAAUGUUGUAUAAAUUACUUUCAGGCUAUAUGUAUAAGGUGGAUGUGAAACAUGAAUUAUGUAAUUAGAGUCGGGUCCCACUGUGUAUACGCAGAUAUUCCGUAACCUGAACUCCAGAACACUUCUGGUCCCUAGCAUUUUGGAUAAGGGAUA